AGUUCUGGCUCGAGCCUCCCCAGUCGUCGCGACCACCUCGUCCGCCGCGGUGCGUCCAGAAGGAAGACGAUGGCCGCAAUGGACGUCUCGGUGGCGAGCGGCGCGGCGCGCGUGGCCAGCAUGCCGGUGGGGGAGCGCGUGAACUACGCAUUGUACCAGCAGGUCGGCACCGGGACUCCUGUGCGAGUGGCGGGUCGCUUCUCUUCGCCAGGCGUGCUCACCACCACCGACGGGGGCGCGAUCUCGGUGGACAUGGGCAGCGAGCUGGAUGCGCCCGACGCCGCAAGCUUCGUGGAGGUGGUGGGCACGAAGGCCGCUGGAGAUCAGCUGGCAGCGGCGGGGCUCUUCCAGCUGCCCUCCGGCCAGGUCGACGAGGAGCUCUGGAACGAGGCCGUGAAGUUGGCCACGCUGCCCCAGCUUCGCGAGAUGUUUGCCCCCGCCGGUGGGGUGGCUCCGCCAGCGGCGGGAGGGGCCUGAGCCGCGCGCACGUGGGGCUGCGCGCCAGAGCCAGAGGGCCCCGUCGCGGUUGCGGGUCGGGGCGGCGUCGCGGCCCCGGGAGGGGGAGAGCAGAACGCUGGUGCAGGGAGGGGCCCAGGAGGGGGCCACGCAGCUGGGCGUUUGGACUCUGAAUCGAAGAAGAAGCAGUUGCGUACGCAAACACUUCUGGAGUUUAUGCUUGUGCAGUUGUUCCGUUCCUCUGCUGAGGAGAGCCAGAGGUCGAAUUCCCUGCUCUCGGCACAUCUUUUCCCCUGGGCCACUCCGAUGGUAGUGGCGGGGCCGCUGGCUGGGGGGCGUGGCGGGGAUGCAGCGGCAGCGCAGCCGCCGCCGCGAGAAAAGGACGCCUUUCUACUGUUUCUGGCCUGGCGCAAGCGCG